GCGAUUGCCAAAUUAAAAUGUUGGAGUUAGAAAAUCAAUUCCUCCUCUUUCCUCCAAAAUAAAAAGAAAAAAAGAAAUAGAUAUUGAAUCGACUUUUACAGAAGAGAGAGAAACAAAUCCCUGUCACCGGAGCUCCGAUUACCGAUAACAGGAGAGAGAAAAUGAACACCGACAUCACUGCAUCAACAAAGCCCGAAUACACGGUAAUCGAUCGGAACCCACUUUUCACCAAAGUCGUCGGCAAUUUCAGCUCCCUCGAUUACCUCCGUUUUGUCACUAUAACCGGCGUUUCUGUCACCGUCGGCUACUUAUCCGGGAUUAAGCCUGGGAUUAAAGGUCCUUCAAUGGUGACGGGCGGGCUAAUCGGGGUUCUGGGAGGGUUCAUGUAUGCUUACCAGAACUCUGCUGGCAGACUCAUGGGUUUCUUUCCUAAUGAUGAUGAGGUAGUUAAGUACAAGAAGAAGCUUAAUCAGUAAUUUUAUUUUAAUGAAAUGGGAAAUUUGUUGAUUUUGUGGAACAUUGUGUUCAGUUUUUUAGAGGGAUGUUUGCUUUGAUUUUGCAAUGAAAUCAAUUUCAAUAAUAGUUAUUUUGGGAAUUAAUUGAAUUAAUGCUCCCAAUUGUUGUCAUUCUGCAAACCCUUGCUCAUUUGAAUUAAUGCUGAGAUGGUUUAUUAUUUUUUA